AUGUCAUCUCUCCAGUACUUCAACGAAAAAGGUGCUGGCCAAAAGUUCAGCGAUGAGUGUCACUAUUCCCAGGCUGUUGUAGUCGGAGAUGUGGUUAAAUGCUCGGGACAAGGUGGUUGGGACGAGGAGGGGAAUCUGGACGGCGACGAUUGGCAAGGACAAAUCGAAUAUGCUUUUGCCAACGUUGAUCGCAUUCUCCAAGCAGCUGGACUUCGUGGCUGA